GGCCGCCAUCUUGGAUUCCGCGGUAGCAGUGGCGGCUGUAGGGCGCCGCGUCUGGGGAGUGGUUCUCCGCUCUUGCUCCCCACCAGUUCGGUGACGGCGGCUCCUCCCACUCGGGGGAGGGCUGCCUCGGCGGUGGCACCUACGGCCAUGGCGGCAACUACUGCUAACCCCGAAAUGACGUCAGAUGUUCCAUCCCUGGGUCCAGCCAUUGCCUCUGGAAACCCUGGGCCUGGGAUUCAAGGUGGAGGAGCCAUUGUCCAGAGGCCUAUUAAGCGGCGACCAGGGUUGGAUUUUGAUGAUGAUGGAGAAGGGAACAGUAAAUUUUUGAGGUGUGACGACGAUCAGAUGUCUAAUGAUAAGGAGCGGUUUGCCAGGUCGGAUGAUGAGCAGAGCUCUGCGGAUAAAGAGAGACUUGCCAGGGAAAAUCACAGUGAAAUUGAACGGCGGCGACGGAACAAGAUGACAGCCUACAUCACAGAACUGUCAGACAUGGUACCCACCUGUAGUGCCCUGGCUCGAAAACCAGACAAGCUAACCAUCUUACGCAUGGCAGUUUCUCACAUGAAGUCCUUGCGAGGAACUGGCAAUACAUCCACGGAUGGCACCUACAAACCGUCUUUCCUCACUGAUCAGGAACUGAAACACUUGAUCUUGGAGGCAGCAGAUGGCUUUCUGUUUAUUGUCUCGUGUGAGACAGGCCGGGUGGUGUACGUCUCUGACUCAGUGACCCCGGUUUUGAACCAGCCACAGUCGGAAUGGUUUGGCAGCACCCUGUACGAUCAGGUCCACCCAGAUGAUGUGGACAAGCUUCGCGAGCAGCUUUCCACUUCGGAAAAUGCCCUGACAGGGCGUAUCCUUGAUCUGAAAACGGGAACAGUGAAAAAGGAAGGUCAGCAGUCUUCCAUGAGGAUGUGUAUGGGCUCAAGGAGAUCGUUCAUUUGCCGUAUGAGGUGUGGCAGUAGCUCUGUAGACCCGGUCUCCAUGAACAGACUAAGCUUUGUGAGGAACAGAUGCAGGAACGGACUUGGCUCUGUGAAGGAUGGGGAACCGCACUUCGUGGUGGUCCACUGCACAGGCUACAUCAAAGCCUGGCCCCCCGCAGGUGUCUCCCUCCCAGAUGACGACCCAGAGGCUGGCCAGGGGAGCAAGUUCUGCCUGGUGGCCAUUGGCAGACUGCAGGUAACUAGUUCUCCCAACUGCACAGACAUGAGUAAUGUUUGUCAACCAACAGAGUUCAUCUCUCGACACAACAUUGAGGGCACGUUCACCUUUGUGGAUCACCGCUGUGUGGCUACUGUUGGCUACCAACCGCAGGAACUCUUAGGAAAGAACAUUGUAGAGUUCUGUCAUCCUGAAGACCAGCAGCUUCUAAGAGACAGCUUCCAACAGGUGGUGAAAUUAAAAGGCCAGGUGCUGUCUGUCAUGUUCCGGUUCCGGUCUAAGAACAGAGAAUGGCUAUGGAUGAGAACCAGCUCCUUUACUUUCCAAAACCCUUACUCAGAUGAAAUUGAGUACAUCAUCUGUACCAACACCAAUGUGAAGAACUCCAGCCAGGAACCACGACCUACACUGUCCAGCACAAUCCAGAGGCCGCAGCUCGGUCCCACAGCUAAUUUACCCCUGGAGAUGGGCUCAGGGCAGCUGGCACCCAGGCAGCAACAGCCGCAGCAAACGGACUUGGAUGUGGUACCAGGAAGAGAUGGACUGGCCAGCUACAGUCAUUCCCAGGUGUCUGUUCAGCCUGUGACAACCACAGGGCCAGAACACAGCAAGUCCCUCGAGAAGUCAGAUGGUCUGUUUGCCCAGGAUAGAGAUCCACGAUUUUCAGAAAUCUACUCCAACAUCAAUGCAGAUCAGAGUAAAGGCCUCUCCUCCAGCACUGUCCCUGCCACCCAACAGCUAUUCUCCCAGGGCAGCACAUUCCCUCCUACCCCCCGGCCGGCAGAGAAUUUCAGAAAUAGUGCUCUGGCACCUCCUGUAACCAUCGUCCAGCCACCAGCCUCUGCAGGGCAGAUGUUGGCCCAGAUUUCCCGCCACUCCAACCCCACCCAGGGAGCAGCCCCAACGUGGACCCCUAGCACCCGCCCAGGCUUCUCUGCCCAGCAGGUGGCCACGCAGGCUACAGCCAAGAACCGCUCUUCCCAGUUUGGUGUGGGCAGCUUUCAGACUCCGUCCUCCUUUAGCCCCAUAUCCCUCCCCGGUGCUCCCACCGCGUCACCUGGCGCUGCUGCUUACCCUGGUCUCACCAGUCGUGGGUCCAGCUUUGCUCCUGAGCAGCCUGGGCAGACCGCAGGACAGUUCCAGACACGGACAGCAGAGGGGGUGGGAGUCUGGCCACAGUGGCAGGGCCAGCAGCCUCACCAUCGGUCCAGCUCUAAUGAACAACACGUUCAACAGCCGUCAACACAGCAACCCGGCCAGCCUGAGGUCUUCCAGGAGAUGCUGUCCAUGCUGGGAGACCAGGGCAGCAGCUACAACAGCGAGGAGUUUCCUGAUCUCACUAUGUUUCCCUCCUUCUCAGAAUAGAACUAUUGGGGUGAGGAUAAGGGGUGGGGGAAAAAAGUCACCGUUUGUUUUUCAAAAGCAACUCUUUUUGUAAACAAAAUAAAAGUUCCUCUCCCUUCCCUUCCCUCACCCCUAAGGUGUACCCCCUUUCACUUCUGGCCUUCCCCUUUCCGUCCCGCCUCUCUGAGAGACUUUGUAGAUGACAUGGGGUUGAAUCCUCUAGACUUGGGGGACCCUCUGAGAAACUGAGGCUGGGUGAGGUUAGGAAUGCCUUGCCUAGGUCUCAUGACCAGGGAUCUGUGCAGAAAUGAUUGUGCUAAGGUCAAGGGCAGGUUCGAGAACUUGACGUCCACCGUUUGCCUUGGAUUCUAUGGUUCGUUUUUGGAAAGAAAUUCUGACUAAGGUGGGGAAAAGGAGAACUGUCCUCGUAUGUGAGGACAUGAAACGUGGUAGGUGUAUGUGGGGCUUUAGGACGGGAGCAAAUUUUCUUUCUGCUGCUUGUGAGCAAUUACUCUGGAAAGAAACUGAAUGAGGAAGCAAGAGAGGAGAGAAAGUGUGUCUGUGUGUGGUGUGUGUGUGUGUGUCUGUGUGUGUGUCUUUCUCCCUAUUAGGGAGUUAUGCAAAAUUUGUCCCAGAUUUUAUCUUUGUUUUUCUCUGUUUUUUCAAAGAGUCCUAAGGAGUUAAAUCUUCCAGGUAUUUUCCACUUAGUAUUGCAGCCAAAGAGUAUUUCAAUAAAUGAUUUUGCUGCACUUCCAUCGAUAUCCAGCCAAUAUGCAACUGUAAGCAGAUAUGUAAAGUCUUCUGUUGAUCUGUUUGGUCUCAUCAAGCAUAUUUAGUGAUAAAGCUGGGUCAUUCCCGCUUUUGGUGCUCUCGCCUUAUAUGGAAGAUCUGCAAACUACGGAAAUAGGCUGGCAAGAGAAACAUUUUCAGAAAUCCCCUACUUGGUCAUAAGGAUAAUGCUGCAUAUUUCUGUCAGAAUCACCUGUGGGUGUUCUGUGGAGGUUAUUUCUGCAUGGAAACUCAACUUCUUGGAUUAGCUGGCCCAGUGAAAACACUGCUGGAGUUUAUACCAAAUACCAAGCCUUGCAAAGUGGCCUCUUCAUCCCAUUCUCAGAGUAUCCAGUCUGGCAAGAAAUUGAGACUUAGGUCUCUUCUGGGCCUGUAGUUCUUUCCUCUUUGCUCCCUCUCCAGUCUUGAUAUUGGAUGUGCUUGAUGGCGCAAGUGUCAUAAACCAUGUGCUAGAUGGGGCCUGGCCGCCCAUCCCGACAGGGUCACUUAGUCACUAACUACAGCCAUAUCAGUGGGGGCACAGCUUCCUACUGUCACCCGUCGUCCUCAGGUAACAGUCAUGUGUAUCAGCCUUUUUUUCUUCAUUGGCUCAGGCCAGUAUCUUCAAUGCAGGACUGAAUUAAUAAGGAGAAGACAUUAAAUGUAGCCAUAGUGGACUAAGGAGCACGGGUGGCCUGCAGAGGCUGAGAUGUCACUACGGGCUUUCCCUCCCUUUGUCUCCAGUCUGGUGCCAGGCCGUGGAGUGGGAAAGGAGACAGUUUAUUUUUUUAUUCUAUGUGCACACAUACAGUAUACAUAUAUAUUUAUAUCACAGUGUAAGAAACCAAAAAGUUGAGUUUCCAAUGAAAUCCUUGUUUUUUUAAUAAUCACCUGUUUUUAAAUGUGAUCCGGACUAUAAUAUUGUACAGUUAUUACAGGGCUUCUGGAGCGGGGAGGGAGAAGAUGCUCUGGGGGGCUUUUUUUCUGCUUUUCCUUCAGGGUUUUAUUUUUGAUUGUUUUGUUUUGUUCCUGUUGGCCUUUGUACAGUGGCAAAAAUAAUGACAUGUAGCAAGUAUUGUAAAACAAAAUAUUUUUUCCUUUUGUAAGCUUUGUGUUGUGUCAUCUUGAUUGCGACUUUAUUAUUCCUUU